AUGAUCCCAAUGUCGGUGUACAGUGCAUUUUCGGUCGGAUUUAGACUCUCGCUAUGGCAUUCAUCUUGGCGUUAUGGAUGGAUAAGACCACGACGAUGUUUCAAGAGACUAUUUUCUGGGUCUCACCAUGCUUUUAAGACACAUUCAUUAAAUGCGACAACAUUAUCGUCUUCACCGAACGCGGAUGGAAACAAUCGUAAUCUUGCUUACACUUUCGACUGUAUUCUAGACCCGCUCUCGCCGCUUCAUCACUCUAAGAUUCGGAAGAACUUGGUUGGCUCCGAUGGAAAAUUAGGUCUCCGGAUUACUGGGUAUAGAAUUGUGGCGACAUCGGGUAUGGGAUUCAAAGUAGACCAUCAACACAAUAAGUGGGAUGUUGACAAAGGAGUUAAGGAAGGGAGUACAGGAGAGAAGACAAGAGAAGAAACCAACAGUUAUACCCCCAAAACACUCAAAUAUUAUAAUCAUGCCUUCUUCAUUAGAUCAACUCAAAGCUUCUGGCACCGUAAACCGUCGUCUCUGACUCUGGUGACUUUGCUUAUAUUAUCAGCCAUUGCCAAAUACCAACCACAAGAUGCCACCACCAACCCAUCGUUGAUCCUCGCUGCAUCUAAAAAGGCUGAAUACGCCAAGCUCAUCGAUACCGCAGUCGCAUUCGGAAAGGAGGUCGACGGUGACCUCGAAAAGAAGACUGAUGCCACUCUCGAUCGUCUCCUCGUCGAGUUCGGUAAGGAAAUCUUGAAGGUCGUUCCAGGAAAGGUUUCAACCGAGGUUGAUGCUCGUUUCUCUUUCGACACCAAGGCCACCAUCAACAAGGCCCUCAGAAUUAUCGACCUUUACAAGGAGCAAGGUAUCGAUAAGUCCCGCAUCUUGAUUAAGAUUGCUUCCACCUGGGAAGGUAUCCAAGCCGCCCGCGUCCUCCAACGCGACCACGGAAUCAACUGCAACCUUACCCUCCUCUUCUCCAAAUCCCAAGCUGUUGCUUGUGCCGAAGCAGGUGCUUUCCUCAUCUCUCCAUUCGUCGGCCGUAUCCUCGAUUGGUACAAGGCCUCCACCGGAAAGACCUACUCCGCCCAAGAAGACCCAGGUGUCGAGUCCGUUAAGGCUAUCUUCGACUACUACAAGAAGUUCGGAUACAAGACUAUUGUCAUGGGAGCUUCUUUCCGUAACGUUGGUGAAAUCACUGAGCUUGCUGGAUGUGAUUACCUCACCAUCUCACCAAACUUGUUGGAGGACUUGAUGAACUCCGAAGAGGCCGUCCCCAAGAAGUUGAUCGCUGAGAACGCUAGCAGUUUGGAUAUUGAGAAAUUGACCUACAUUGAUGAUGAGGCCGAGUUCAGAUUUGCAUUCAACGAGGAUGCUAUGGCUGUUGAGAAGUUGAGAGAGGGUAUUAGCAAGUUUGCUGCUGAUGCUGUCACCUUGAAGGAUAUCUUGAAGGCUAAGUUGCAAUAAAUUGCUUUUGAGUCUCAGGGUUCGGUGGAUGAUUUUAUAGUUAUUGAUUGUCACGGAGGUCAAAAUUGAAAGACCGGAUGAAGUACCAUUUGUAUUUACGCGUGGCCAGACAUGAUUCUAAAUAAAUGAAACGAUUUGAUGAUUAAUUGAUUAUUUUUAAUGCUUGCUAUGAUGCAAGACGGUGUUGUGAGCUGAUGUCGGAUUAAA